AUAUUUUAAUUUUAUCUUUAUUUAGGAAUUAAAAUGGACACCUCUAAAUCAAAAAUACCAAGAAAACCUCCGAAACCCACCGGACGAUCUCAGAAUAGGAACAUCCCUUCGAGUACUGCUAAAUCCACCGCAGCUUCUAACAGAAAUCUCCAUGAAGAGUUUGCUCCAAGAAGAUCCAGAUCCAUGGUGAACUUAGGUGUUAACCAUGCAUCCAGAAGAGUUGUAGCUGAAUCUUCAACAAAACCAAUUUUUAAAGAACCAAGUAGUGUGAUAGCAAAUAUUAAAUCUACUCUUAAACGAGCAGCAGCAAACAAAUCAGAAACUAACGCAGAACCAAAAGAGGCAAAACAACCCAAAAUUGCAGCUUGGGAUUUCAAAGGAAAAUAUAAAGGACUACAAGAAAAGCAUAAAACGCUUAUAGAUGCAUAUUCUUCACUUAAAGAACGAUGUGCAGAUACUGAAGAGAUGAGAAAAAAUUAUGAUGAAGUAAUUGCUGAUAAAGAUGAGAAAAUUAACGAUUUGCAAAAACGAUUAAACAUCUUAGAAACCGAUUAUGCAAUAAUGAAUGCAUUAAACAUUGAUAUUACAACGAAAUGUAAUGAAUUGGCCGAAGAAAAUAAAAAAUUUAGAGAUAAAUUAAGAGAGAGUAAUAAUGUAUGUGUUAAUUUAAAAACCACAAUUGAAAAAUUAAAAAAGGAUUAUAUGCUCAAUGAAACAUUAAAGAGGCAACUUCAAAACACAAUUCAAGAUUUAAAAGGUAAUAUUAGAGUCUUCUGUAGAGUCAGACCUCCGAUUAAUGAAGCUGAAAAUAAAAAAGCAAAAUGUUCGAUAAAUUAUGUAAAUGAAAGUACAAUAGAAAUUCAACCUACACAGCAUUCCGGCACUACUCCUAAAUCGACAGAUACCAAGUUGGAGUUUACCUUCGAUCAAGUUUUUCAGGAAAGUGCCACACAGGAAGAAUUUUUUGUAGAAUUAUCUCAACUAGUUCAAUCUGCCAUUGAUGGGUACAAUGUGUGUGUUUUCGCAUAUGGACAAACGGGAUCUGGCAAAACAUAUACUAUGCAAGGCUUGGAGGAUCGCGUACAUAUGGGGAUGAUUCCAAGAACCAUGAAUUUAAUUUUCGACACGAUUGAAGACUUGAAACGUUGUAAAUGGCAGUAUGUGGUUACUGCCAGCUUUUUAGAGAUAUAUAACGAAAACGUAAGAGACCUGUUGGAUUCUAAUACAAACAAUAACUUAGAAAUUUUGUACAAUGAGGGACGAGGGACAACAGUAUCAAAUUUAAAAGCUAAAGAGAUCUGCUCGUUUGGGGAUUUUCAAAAAUACAUGAUGAAAGCUCAAAAAAACAGAGCGGUAGCGGCCACAAACGUUAACCAGCAUAGCUCCCGUUCGCACGCUGUUACGAAAAUCACUAUCAACGGAAAACACGAAGAAACCAAUGUAUCUUGGACUGGUUCCGUCAACUUGGUAGAUUUAGCCGGGUCGGAAUCGGUAAAGAAAAAUCAAGGAGCUCGCGUUACAGAAAGCAUACAUAUCAAUAAGAGUUUAUCUACUUUGCAAUCUGUAAUGUUGUCAUUACACAAUAAAGAUAAACACGUGCCAUACAGAAAUUCCAAACUCACGUAUUUAUUACAAUCUUCGUUAGGAGGAAAUUCCAAAACUCUUAUGAUAGUAAAUAUUUCACCUUUUCAAGAAACUUAUACAGAAAGCGUCAAUUCGCUUCGUUUUGCUUCAAACGUUAAAGAAGUCAAAACCAAAAUUAAAAGAAAUAAAUUAAACCUGCGUGAAUGCGUUUAAAUGGAAUUGAAUUGAUGUAUGGGCAUAAGAACUCAAAUUAACCUAUGUAUCACAAUGAUACAUUGUUUUCCAGACUUAUAGACCGUGGUCUGAAAUUAUUUCUCCUUCGUUUUGGCUGUGACUGCUGCAGACAUGAAAAAAGUGUUAUAAAAGUAAUAUUAUGUACUGUUGGAUCCUGAUUUAACCUACAAUUUAGAAUUUUUUUAUAAUGAAAGACAAUGCAUCAAAAUAAAAGUUUUAUUUUUUG